AAUUUUUGAGUUGGCUUCCUGAACUCAGUUACUUUCUCACAUAUGUGGACAUCCUGUGAUUUUCUUUUUUUUCCCCCUUCUGCACUCAAAUCAGUUCCUCCUACCUGGGGAGCAGAAACUUUGUAACAACGCUUGUUCUCUCUUGCUGCUGCCUUUACUUAGGAGAAUUAGUGAACGAAGCCACUGCUAGCACUCCAUGCUGUCAGUUGGAAUGAGGAGGACGCAGCCUGGAACAACAGAAAGAAAUCCCAGAUAAAGUACAAAUACAUACUUAAAAAUAGUGAUAAAAAAUUGCAAUCUGAUCCCUAUUACACCAAGGUAACAUUCAUGAUUCAGUGCUGUAGUCUGUUUCCUUUACGUGUGGCGGAGUGCACUUAGAUUUAAUUCUUCCUGCAAGCUAUUUUAUUUGUAUUUUAAUCCCUGCAAAAAGAAUACCUUUGAUUAUAAUGUUUUACAUAUGCUUUCCCAUUUCUGCAGUGUACUUUCUCAUACUCCGUGCUUUCCAGAUUACAUGAUGAACUGUGGCCUUCUUCCUGUUCCCAGGGAUGUAGUUAAAUACAAGCAUGGAUUUGCCUUCUGGUGAAAAACUUCUCUCCGGAAGCAGCUCAGGAGUUACAUUUGUGAUCUCCCAGUUAACUAACAUCAUAAUGCAGUUGCUGCUGUUUAGACCCCAAAUUCUGAUGCACAUUCACAGGAGGGUGUGUGAGUCAUAGAAUUACCAAGGUUGGAAAUAGACCUCCAGAAUCAUUCAGUCCAACCACCCACAUAUCAUCAAUGCUUCCCCACUAAACCACGUCUCUCAGUACAACAUCUAAAUGGUUCCUGAACACCUCCAGGGUGUUCAGUGACUCGGCCACCUCGCUGGGCAGCCCGUUCCAGUGCCUGACCACUCUUUCUCCCAUCCAACCUGUGUGCCGUGGUGCAGCUUGAGGCCGUUACCUCUCAUCCUCUCACCAGCUGUGUAGGAGAGGCUGACCCUCACUUAGCCACAACCUCCUUUCAGGUAGCUGUAGUGCUAUAAGGUCUCCCCAGAGUCUCCUCCAAUCUAAACAAUCCCAGUUUUGAACUGGUGUUUGACUUGGUGGUGAACAUCUGAAUAAAAGUGCUGUACCACGCAGCUCUCUUGCUACCUAUAAAUCAGUUGUCAAUGAGAAGAGCAUUGUGAAGGCUUGGAUUUCAGAGCUCGCACUGUGAACUGAAGUCUACUCGCUUUGCUGACCCUAAUUCUAGUCCAGAUCAUCACGUAAUGCAAAUCAGAUUACUGGAAUCCAGGGUAUGCUGAUCUGGAACAGUCUGUCAAGAUGUACUCAAAGAUCUAAUCUUAACUCUGAAUUUAGUUUAAGAUAAGAUCGUUGUUCGUUUCCCCAUAAUGCCACCUUCAUUUCCAUCUUGAGUUACUAAGUAGGCUGAACAGAUUCUUGUCCAGGUUACUCUGACAGGAGAGGCAGUGUAAGUGUGGCUGUACUGUCCAAGUGAUUGGAUAGCUCUGCAAAUUCAACCAAUUAUUUUUUUUUUUUUCUUAACUUCUCUCAACCUCUUUCUUUACAGGUCAAAUAAUACAAUGUCAACUGGAAGGGUACGAACAAAGAAAAAGGCAUGUUCUUCGGAGCAGUCUCCAGACAGCCUUCCUCUGAGGAGUUCUGGAAGACAGGUGAAGAAGAAAGCAGCCGAGGCAACAGAUGAUGAUGAUGAUGCAUCAGAAAAGAAAUACAGGAAAUGUGAGAAAGCUGGAUGCACUGCAACGUGUCCCGUUUGCUUUGCCAGCGCAGCCGAAAGAUGUGCAAAAAAUGGGUAUACAUCUAGAUGGUAUCAUCUUUCCUGUGGGGAGCACUUCUGCAAUGAAUGUUUUGACCACUACUACCGAAGUCAUAAAGAUGGUUAUGAGAAAUACACUGCCUGGAAAAGGAUUUGGACAAGUAAUGGGAAAAGUGAGCCCAGCCCAAAAGCCUUCAUGGCUGAUCAACAGCUCCCUUAUUGGGUGCAGUGUACAAAGCCAGAGUGUGGUAAAUGGCGUCAGCUGACAAAGGAAAUCCAGCUGACACCGCAAAUAGCAAAAACCUACAGAUGUGGUAUGAAACUAAACAAUUCCACCAAGGCGGAGGGCUCAGACCAAUGUUCCAUGCCUGAGGACUUGAGAGUGGCUGAAGUUUCAGACCAUUGGUGGUACUCCAUGCUCAUACUCCCUCCUUUGCUGAAAGACAGUGUGGCAGCUCCCUUUCUAGCUGCAUAUUAUCCAGACUGCGUGGGCAUGAGUCCAUCCUGUACCAGCACUAAUCGUUUACCUGGUGAAUCCAACCUUGUGAAGUUAGAGCACUUAAAGAGCGUGCCUAAUUUGACUGUUGCAGGAAUGAACAAAUAUUUCCAACCUUUUUACCAGCCCAAUGAAUGUGGGAAAGCACUUUGUGUAAGGCCAGAUGUCAUGGAACUGGAUGAGCUCUAUGAGUUCCCAGAAUAUUCACGAGAUCCUACCAUGUAUUUGGCCUUGAGAAACCUGAUUUUGGCUCUGUGGUACACAAACUGCAAGGAGGCUCUUACCCCUCAAAAAUGUAUCCAUCAUAUAAUUGUUCGAGGGCUUGUGCGUAUUCGCUGUGUACAGGAAAUGGCAAGGAUACUCUACUUUAUGACAAGGAAAGGGCUAAUUAAUACAGGGAUUUUAUCAGUCAGUACUGACCAGUAUCUUCUUCCUAAAGAAUACCACAACAAAUCUGUCAUUAUUGUUGGGGCUGGUGCAGCAGGAUUAGCAGCAGCCCGACAGCUACACAACUUUGGAAUUAAGGUCAUUGUCUUAGAAGCUAAAGACAGAAUUGGUGGCCGAGUGUGGGACGAUAAGACGUUCCCAGGCGUCACUGUUGGGAGAGGUGCACAAAUCGUCAACGGAUGUGUCAACAACCCAAUGGCACUAAUGUGUGAGCAACUUGGCAUUAAAAUGCACAAACUGGGGGAGAAAUGUGACUUGAUCCAGGAAGGUGGAAGGAUAACAGAUCCCACUAUUGAUAAACGUAUGGACUUUCAUUUCAAUGCCAUCCUAGAUGUUGUCUCUGAGUGGAGAAAAGAUAAAACCCAACAUCAAGAUGUUCCUCUUGGUGAGAAAAUACAAGAGAUCUAUAAAGCCUUUAUUCGGGAGUCGGGUAUCCAGUUCAGUGAGCUGGAAGAAAUACUGCAGUUCCAUCUCAGUAAUUUGGAGUAUGCCUGUGGCACCAAUCUCUCUCAGGUAUCUGCACGCUCAUGGGACCAUAAUGAGUUUUUUGCUCAGUUUGCUGGAGAUCACACUCUUCUAACUGUGGGAUAUUCCACUAUCAUUGAUAAGUUGGCUGAAGGGCUGGACAUCCGGUUAAAUUUCCCAGUACAGAGUAUUGACUAUUCUGGUGAAGAAGUACAGGUCACUACUGCAGAUGGAACUGUGUGGAGAACACAAAAGGUAUUAGUGACGGUUCCACUGGCUCUUCUUCAGAAAAAUGCCAUCCAGUUCAAUCCUCCACUGUCAGAAAAAAAAAUUAAAGCUAUUAAUAGCUUAGGAGCAGGAGUCAUUGAGAAGAUUGCAUUGCAGUUUCCUUAUAGAUUUUGGGAUAGUAAAAUCCAAGGUGCUGAUUUUUUUGGUCAUGUUCCACCCAAUUCCAGCCAACGUGGACUCUUCAGUGUUUUCUAUGACAUGGAUCCAGAGGGCAAACAAAGCAUUUUAAUGUCAGUGGUCACUGGAGAUGCUGUGACAACCAUUAAGAAUUUAGAUGACAAACAAGUACUGCAACAGUGUAUGACUGUACUUCGAGAGCUGUUUAAGGAGCAGGAGGUUCCUGACCCAGUGAAGUUUUUUGUUACUCGCUGGAGCAAAGACCCUUGGCUCCAGAUGGCAUAUAGUUUUGUAAAAACAGGAGGCAGCGGUGAAGCUUAUGACAUUAUAGCUGAAGACAUCCAAGGAACAAUUUUUUUUGCUGGUGAAGCCACAAACAGGCACUUUCCUCAGACCGUUACAGGAGCUUACCUGAGUGGGGUUCGAGAAGCCAGCAAAAUAGCAGCAUUUUAAUUAUGAAUUUUUUUGUGCUUAUAGAUAUGUUUUGUUUUCUGUGGGUAAAAAACUAUCUUCAAGUUUCCUAUCUGCUGCCUUUUUUCUCCAAGUGGUACUUCAGUAGUAUAUGGUACCUGAAGAUAAAAUCUUCAUCUUCCUUUUCCUACUCUUUUUGUUUCCCCUUUUAAGCCCUAAUGAUACGUAUUUUUUUGUUUUUUCAUCUAAAAUAUCACUAGCAAGAGUGACAUUGGAGUCUCUGGCCACAGCUUAACUAAUGGAACUUUUGUUGCGAGUCCUUUUCUGUGUGUGGCUUAAGUCAUGAUAUUGUAGAUCUUCAUUUCAGAAGGUCAUAUUAAAGUAAGAUGAAGUUAACAUACAGCAUUAAAAAUGCUGGCAGUUAGUAAAGGGAGAAUGGGAGUUUUCCACUAACUGUGCUUCUCAGGUUGAUUAUGCUCAGAGGAGUUCAAACUUGCUCCCAAAAGCCUGAAUAACCCAGACAAACUCUAGAAUUACUGUAGGAAGGCACUCAGCUAUCACUGUUUCUACUUGCAAUCAACGAUCUCUUCUACAGUAUUUCUCAUAUUCUUAGCCUCCACCACCCAGGCUUUGGAAUAUCAAGUUUGUUCCUUUAAAUCAGACUGCUGGAACAGUUUACAGUGCAAUCAUAGAUUAUUGUAGCUAAUAAAAACUUGAAAGUAAAGAUUAACUUUUACAUUACUUUAAAAACAACUUAGAAAUGUUUUCCCUGUUACUUAAUUCAGAGAAAUCCUUGUUACAUUAGGGUAAGUUUAGAUUUGCUUAGUGCUUCUGAUCAUGUCGAAAAAGGAUAGCUUGAGAAUACUCUAUUUCUAAGAUUAUUUUGAAAACAAAACUCCAAAUUCAUUUGGGCUGAGUAGAGGAACUAACUAUUGCUAUGAGUGCACAGUGCGGGGGAAGAAAAGAACUGUAAGUUCCCAACAGCUCAUUCAGCUUUCAUAUUUCAAAAAUAAGUGAAGAUGAAUGAGGAAAAAUAUUAACACUUUAUGAAGGGCUGAAACAAGGUAGCAUGCACUUUGACUUGAAGUUUUUUUUUUUUUCCUUUUAUUAUUAAAGUAUUAUUAAAAACAACUUGUGGGAGUUAUCCAGUAAGGGCUAAGCAUCUAUCUAAGAGAUUUUCCACGAGACGGGGAAGACAAAGUAUUUUUCAGUAGAAAUCAGGCACAAUCAGGAUACCUGUUGUAAUACUGUUCCACUAAAAUGGUAUUCGUGGGAAACAAAAAUUAAAACCAACUUUUAGUUCUUUCUGCCAUACCUUCCGUGUAACUUUACUGCCUCGUGUUUUCUGGAAGGAUAGUAAGCACUUCUUCUUCUUCCCCCUUCUUGUUAUAUUUUGAUCUCUUCAUGUAAGAGUGACACAGCAAGCUUUGUUAGCUUUUAACAGUGCUUAUUUCCAUAAAGCUGUAUCACUAGAAACAACAAAAGCAACGUUAAGAAAAAUGCUACUGAAUAAAUGCAAUUCUUUUUAAAUAGCUAAUAAUUUGUUCUUAGAGUAGCGAUGAUAUUGUUAAAUAUCUUUAUUUAAUCUCUAAUUUACAAGGUGAAGAUGUUUAUAUAACUAAUGUUUUUCAGAUAUAUAUUGUUCUGCUUCUUAAAGCUGAAUUAUGCGGAUUAAUAGGAAAAGUGUAACUGUUCAUAAUUUUUUCUCUACAUAAAGGCUAGUAUGUACAGUUUUAAAAGUAUUUCCAAAUAUUAAAUUGUAAUUCAAAGGCUAUAAGAAGCAAGACAAAAUCCUUUGAUAGAAGAUAAUCAAACAUCAGAUUUUGCUUUUGGUAAUUAUUUGCACUUUGUUAACUCCACACAUUACAGGCUCACUUAAGCAGGAAAGAUUGAGAGCUGUACGUAUUUGAGUUCCAAGUUUCUUUCCUAGCUUAGCAUGUAUGAGGUGGUGGAACCACCAUCCCUGGAAGUGUUCAAGAAAAGGGUAGAUGUGGCACAGAAGGAUGCUGUUAAGUGGGCACGGGUGAUGGGAUCUUGGUGAUCUGUUCCAGCCUUACUGAUCCUAUGAUUCUAAACAAGCUUAAUGCUACGAGCUCAAAACAUUAAUUCAAUUCAAUGGCUGCUUUUGCUGACCUUGGUCAAAACUUGUCAGCUUCAUAACAAAUCACUUAUUCAAGAAAAAACUGCCUAGAAAGAUGAACACAGCUUCAUUUCUACAGUUGAAAAGUUUGCAUGAACAUGCUUAUUUCAGGCAUGUGCCUCCAUCCUGAUAAUUUGUUCUCGGGGUUUUAAAUCCAUCUAGAACUUGGCAGGUAGAUAAAUGAUGCUCUAGAGAAUAGAGGAGGACAUGAACGAAUACUAUCAGCUUUGGCUUUAGCUGCUGCACACUUCUUAUAGCAUUAACAUAAGAAAUGAUGAAUUUAUCAAUAACUGUCUAUUAAUUAUUGUAUAUUAUUUUUGUGCUAAGGCACUUAAAUGGUGUUGCGCUGCACUUGAGUUUGAGGAGUAAAUGAAAAUAAGUAUGUUCCACUUUACCUUAUGUUCAUUUAAAAUAUAUAAGAACAUCAGGCUGGUUCUGAGGCUUCAUUCUUAAUGUUCCCCCAGUUUUCUUUUUCAAAUGCUCACGUCAAAUUUUAUUCCAAGCAUGUAUGUGUUUUUAUUUUUGUGUUUAAUUUAUUCCCUGCACAUAAAGAACUAGGGAACGUUUUAUUUGAGCAGAUUUGUUUAAAUGUUAUCAAACAUAUUUGAAUGCAGAGCAUGAUCUGUUACACUUCAAUUCUUCUGUGUGACUAUGUUAUGGCAGCAGAAUAAAACUGGAACGUAUCCUCA